AUGAGGUUGGAGAGGAGAUGGAUUGACCAUGUCAAGGCUCACAGCACUUUGGAAACUGGUGGUAGCUGCUCGGACUCGCUGAAGCACAAUCACCUCUCAGGCGAACGGGUCACAGAUAAGAUCACCUAUAAGGACCUCGAGGGUGAAAGCUUCCGAGUAUUGAUCCUGCUACCAGCGCCUGAGCCUUACUACCCCCUGAUCUGCAAACUGGAUACCUGGCCCUUGAACGACCGCGGAGACACGCGUCAAUACGCGGCUCUUUCGUACUUCUGGGGCUCGGACGGUCACAAUGGGCGCAUUUAUUUCCUCGGAGACAACGACGAUGAGCCAGGCGUGUCCAACCCAGAUCGAUGGGGUUCAGCGGCAAGGAGAGCGACAUCCGUGCGCAUCCGCAACAACCUGUUCCGAGCUUUACUACGUCUACGAAGUCAUGGGAAAGGAGCUCAAAAGGUGGCUCUUUGGGUCGAUUUCUUAUGCAUCAACCAAGAAAACUCGGUUGAGAAAACUCGGCAGCUGUCUCGGAUGGUCAACAUUUACAACAACGCGAGCAACGUCUGCAUUUGGUUGGGUGAGAGUGACCGUGACAAGAGAAGCGAUGAGGCCAUGGCGUUUAUACCUACUCUGAUGGACUUUGCGGUGUUUGACAGGCAUGCCAACGACCGGAAGCAGGCGAGAAAGUGGUAUGCCUUGGGAGAGCUGAUGAGAGACCGUUGGUUCUCUAGACGGUGGAUCGUCCAGGAGAUUGCCCUGGCCAAGGACGCGACAGUACACUGUGGAGGAGCUAUUGUGCGUUGGUCUGACUUUGCUGAUGCCGCCUCCCUCUUGGUCUCGAACCAGGAGACCAUCAAAUCUCUGUUUGACUUUUCGGACUGGCGAGAAGGUCCCAACACCCUUGGAGACAUCGAAGCAUUUGGAGCUUCCAUUCUUCUUGAAGCAACAAACAAUCUCUUUCUGAGGAAGCACAACGGGGAGAUCAAGAGACCUAUCAAGUCCAUCGAGUCACUCGUGACCUCUCUCAAGACAUUCGACACUAGCGACCAAAGAGACCUCAUAUACAGCCUGAAAUGCAUUGCCAGCGAUACAUCCAGGCAUCUGUGGCAAUACGACAAAGGUGGUCGCGACGAUCUUCCUGCUGACUACUCCAAGAGCGAGAUCGAAGUAUACAAGGACUUUACCGAGUUCUGUGUCAGGUCUUCCAACUCGCUGGACAUCAUCUGCCGUCCUUGGGCGAUGCCAGUGAAGGGAGGAAAGGCGCUGCCCUCUUGGAUCCCUCUCUUAUCGAGCUCUGAGUUUGGUCUUCCUGAUGAGAUUUACAGUGGCCGUAAGAACGGAGAGGUAUUGGUUGGUCCCGCUGGCCAGCCAAACUACGCGGCCUCCUCUCAAGAGCCAUGCAGCGUACGAUUUGGCCGCGAGCCCCAAGAUACAAGCACAGGGGACAAAGGAGUCAAUGGGCCUGCACGGAGAGAAGUACUUUUCGCGCGAGGAUUCAGACUGGCCAAGAUCGAGGAUGUCUCGGCACGAAACACCGGAGGAGUUAUCACGAAAGAGUCUCUGGAUAUGGGCAAGUGGCCCGGGUUUGGAAAAGACACGGAUAGUGUCCCGGACCCUAUCUGGAGGACUCUAGUCGCCGACAGAAACCACAACGGCCAAGUACCACCGUCAUGGUAUCAGAGAGCCUGUUUGCGGUGCCUGGAGAUUGCCGAUGUCUUCAACAACGGGGAUCUCAACAUUGGAGAAAUCCUGCAAGGGCACUCUGAGAUGCUCCGCAAGUAUCUCACACGUGUUCGAAACGUGACGUGGAACAGACGGUUCUUCACAGCGACUUCUCAGGAGACCGAGUGGCCUCUUUUUGGGCUUUGCCCACCAAAGUCCAGAGAGGGCGACUUUGUUUGUAUCCUGUACGGCUGCUCCGUACCUGUGGUGAUGAGAGAGUCUGGCUCCGGUCCUUACAUGGCAUUGAUUGGCGAAGCGUAUGUGCAUGGAAAGAUGGAUGGAGAAGCUUUGGAGGAUUUCGAGGAGCAAAGGACGUGGGAACAAAAUGGACAAGUCAAGGAUGAAGAGUUUGCGAUAGUUUGA